UCUCUCUCUCUCCCUCUCUCUCUCUCUCUCCUCUGUUUUUCUUCCUUUUGUUUGUUAGUUCAAUGAUCCUACAGCUUCCUCACCCAGUUUAUUCCUUCCAAUGAUUCCAUCCUAGAUCCCAUUUUCCUUCUUUAAUCCACCCUCCUUCUUCCCAUUUCUCUCCCUCCCUCUCUCUCUCUUCAUUUCAAUUUCAGACCCAUUUUCACCACAAACUCGGUUCUGCGUAUCAUGAUUUUCUCCCACAAAAUGCAAGAAAUUGCAUUCAAAAUGGGCUUCACUCUCUCCGAUUUCGCCCACACUUUAGAACAAGAGCGCCGUAAAGUCCUCAUGUUCCAGCGCGAGCUCCCUCUCUGUCUGGAGAUUGUUACUCGCGCCAUUGAUUGUUGCAGGCAUCACGUGUCGGAGACCACGACGGAGAAUCGUCUAUCGGAGUGUUCGGAGCAGACUUCCAGUGACGUGGGUCCGGUUCUUGAGGAGUUUAUUCCGAUUAAUAGAUAUGGAGUUUCUGAUUCUGAACAACAACAACAACGACAACUGCCCUGUGAAACUCAGACGGAGAACACUGAUGACUCUGAUCGAAAUAAUUUGAAUUUGUGUCCGUCGGAUUGGCUCAGAUCUGCCCAGCUUUGGAAGGAUCCUUCUGCCUUGAAUCAGGACCUGCCGGAGAAGACGGCUGUUGUUGAGGUCAAGAGUAAUGGCGGAGCUUUCCGACCAUUUCAGAAGGAGAAAACCGGUGGUGGAGGAACAUCAUCGACUUCGGCUCCGGCUGCGACGAGCUCCACUGCGGAAAUGGGGUCCGGUGGAAGUAAUCGACGGGAAGUAAAAGAAGCGCAGAAUCAGAGGAAACAAAGACGGUGCUGGUCACCGGAGCUACACCGGCGAUUCCUUCAUGCUCUUCAACAGCUCGGAGGUUCCCAUGUGGCGACGCCGAAGCAAAUCAGAGAGUUGAUGAAGGUGGAUGGUCUUACCAACGACGAAGUGAAAAGUCAUUUACAGAAAUAUCGUCUACACACGAGACGCCCAAGUACAACAAUGCACCACGACGACACCGCCCAGACGCCGCAGUUCCUGGUUGUGGGCGGUAUAUGGGUACCGGCUGCGGAGUACGCCACCACAUCCACCGGAGAAGCAGUGAGAGCAGCCACCACGAACGGAAUUUACGCACCGGUGGUUAGGACGGCGAGUACAGUGGGGAAGGCGAAGGCGAAGGUUAUAGUAUCUGGGGGUGCGGCGGAGUGUAAUUCUGCUACUACAUCGUCCUCCACACAUACGUCAUCAGUUUCACCUGCUUGAUGAGGGUGUAAUUGGAGUUUGGGAAUUUUGUGUUUCUUUUUUGAUUGUGUGAAUGGUGUGUGAAAGUUUUGAUACAAAGCCUCCUCCAUAGAUAAAUAAGAAAAUGGUGACAUUAAUUCAA